AUGAUGAAUCAGCAACCCGAUUCGCCUUACGCCGAUGAGGCAAAUGCCAGCUCGUCGGAAAAACAUGAUGCAGAGCCACCAUUCCGGACAGAAGAGGACCCAUACCUUCCCCAAGAGCAAUCCAUUGAUAGUCUCAACGCCCAAGUAGAUCAGCAACUCUCAGAAGGCGGCUACGGAUGGGUCUGCGUGGCCUGUGCCUUCCUCAUAUAUGCCCACUCCUGGGGAAUUGCAAGUACAUACGGCGUUUUUCUCGCCUAUUACAAAGCAAAUGAUGUUUUUCCCAAUGCUUCCAGUAUCGGGUAUGCCUUCGUCGGUGGCUUAACCAUCUCCUGCUGCGUAGGCGUGGCCCCGCUCGCCAACUACCUCUCUCAUGCUAUCGGCGCCAGCCGACCCGUCAUCCUACUCGGUACGAUUCUCGAAUGUGUCGCCCUGCUUGGUGCAUCUUAUGCAAAGCAGCAAUGGCACAUGAUCCUCACCCAGGGGAUAUGUCUGGGGCUCGGAAUCGGAUUCCAGUUCAUCAUCGUCGCGGGCAUCAUUCCACAGUGGUUCAAAAAGCGGCGCAGCUUCGCCAACUCGAUAACCGUGGGUGGGGCUGGAAUCGGAGGCUUCAUAUACGCUCUGGCUGCACAACGGAUGCUCGCAUCACUGUCUCUGCAAAAGACGUUCUGGAUCUUAUGUGGUGUGACGACCGUUGUCAACACUGUCAGCGCCCUACUAGUUCGGGACCGCAACAAGGAAUCGGCGUCCAAUCUUUCCAAACUGGAGUUCACGUUGCUCAAGAGGCCAGAUGUCCUGCUUUUGCUUGGAUGGUCCGUGUUCAGCAUGCUCGGCUACGUCGCCCUGAUGUUUAGCAUUCCCAGCUACGCCAAAGCUGUCGGAGGUACGGCAUCACAGGGCGCGCUCGCCGGCGCCAUCUUCAAUCUCGGCCAAGGACUAGGUAGGCCAACCGUCGGUCUCAUCAGCGACAAGUGCGGACGAGUCGCCGUUGCGUCCGUCGCCACGCUUGCCUGCUCAGCACUAUGCAUCAUCAUGGGGGCCGUAGCCCGCCGGUUCUCCGUUGUCUGCGGCCUUUCGUUCCUCGCCGGCGCCACUGGAGGCUCGUUCUGGGCAACGUUUAUCGACAUUUGUCUGGCUCUCGAUAAUGGCCCCGACUCUGAUCUCCGAGGCUAUCGCGCUGGUACUGGCGAAGAAGGUGGUUGCUGA